AAACCUUCAGGCUCUAGACUAGCAACUGCAAUAUUUUCAAGAGUGGGUAGUGAGGGAAAGAAAAGGGAGGAAGAAGGGACCAACUCGAUGAGUCACACAUAUAAGAAAGAAACAGAUAGGACUGAGAAGUGAAGCAGAAGACUCAGAGACUCUCUCUCUUUUUUCGCAGCACAGAAAGCGAAGCUUCUCUUUCCAUCAUUACUGUUGCUCACCUUCUUUGUAUUACUUUUCUCUCUCACCUUCUGCUGCUAUGUCCUAACUACUAACCUCUCUUUCCUCUUUUUCUAUUACAUAAACAGUCAAAUUCUCACAGGCUCACAAAACCAACGUAACGAAAACAAGGUUAAAAAAGAAUAGCAAACAGAAGAAAAAUGGAUUUCGAUCUUGAAAAUCCAUUGACAAGCUUGAAAGAACACCAAUCUGAUACUAUCCCAGAUCUCUUUACUUCUGAAUCUGAUCAUAUGCCUUCAAGAAACUUCUUCAAAUGCUUGAAAACCUCUGACUUCUAUUCCUCCUUUCGUCAAGAAUCCAUUUCUCUCAUUUUUCAGGCUCAGUAUUCUUGCAACUAUGAGCCCAUUCUUGCCUACCUUGCCAUCAAUUAUAUGGAUCGGUUCAUCUCCAGACAAGAAAUCCCUGAAGGAAAGCCAUGGGUUCAACGACUUCUCGUAAUAUCUUGCCUUUCUCUGGCAGCAAAGAUGAAGAACACACAUUUCUCUCUCUCUAAUUUACAGAUGGAAGAAAGUUUCAACUUCGACAUGCAAACGAUUAAUCGUAUGGAGCUUCUCAUUCUUGAUGCCCUGGAUUGGCGAAUGAGAUCUAUAACACCUUUCUCUUUCGUUCAUUUCUUCAUUUCGUCAUUUGAACUCAAAGAUCCACCAUUAACACAAGCUCUCAAAGAUCGAGCUACCCAGAUCAUUUUUCAAGCUCAUAAUGAAACAAAGUUAUUAGAGUUCAAGCCAUCAAUCAUUGCAGCAUCAGCCCUUCUUGUAUCUUCCCAUGAACUCUUCCCCUUGCAAUUUCCUUCUUUCAGACGUUCAAUCUCCUCUUGUGAAUAUGUAAAUAGAGACCAGCUGCUAAAAUGCUCUAACGAGCUGCAAAAAAUGGUGGAAAUGGAAUGGCACGAGUCAAUAAUGGACACAGUUUCAAGCUCAAGAACCCCAUUGAGCGUCCUAGACAGGCAUUGCAUCAAAUCAGAAAGUGAGACGACCAACAUCUCUGCCACUGCAUUGCUUCAGAAGAAAGAAAUCAAGCGGCGAGCAAAACGGUUGGCGGUUGCAGCAAGUGACAAUAUGGUCCAGCUUAAUUUCACAGAUUCAAGCAGAGCAGAUAACUCUGUUUCGAGGGGAAGUUUGCAAUUGGUCAAUUUCUCAAGCGCCAUAACAGAACCCACUGAGGGAUAGCUUGCAAUGAGAAUAUCUAGAAAAUUAAGAAAAAUAAAUAAAAAAAGAGAGAAUUUAUUUACGUUUAUGGGAUUUUGGGAUGGGGUAAGAGGGUAUUGAAAAGGGACGACAAAGGACAAAACAGAGCUUUGAAUGUUAUUCAACUUUUUCUAUGUUUAUGUUUCUGGGUAA